UACAAAACAUACCGUAUGUUAGCUAGCUCGCCGUCUCUCUCACCGUUGUCCCUGGCGCGCCGCGCCCACUGGUGAUUUUUCCCCAUCCUGAAGAAGCGGGAAAGGAGCACUGCUGAAGAAUUGAUUAAGUGUUGAAGUGAAACUGGUUUACUGUCUGUUGUACGCUUGAAUCCGACUUUGUUCUAUAACGAGCAUUUAUAAUCAAAUCCUAAAGAUUUUGAUCCGUCAAAAUGGCACUUUUUGGAAAAUUAAGAUGGAUUUCGCGAAGAUUUACUACACUUGCUGCGACUCCUUUACGUAUUUGUGUUGUUGGUAGUGGACCUGCUGGCUUCUACACUGCAGAAAAGAUUUUGAAGGCACAUAAAGAAGUAGAAGUUGAUAUAGUUGACAGAUUACCAACUCCGUUUGGAUUAGUGCGGUCAGGCGUUGCACCUGAUCAUCCAGAAACAAAGAUAGUGAUUAAUCAGUUCUCUCGAGUUGCACAAAAUGACCGUUGCUCAUUCCUUGGGAAUGUGUCUGUUGGUUCCUCCGUAUCUUUGCCUGAGCUACACGAGAUGUAUAAUGCGGUAGUACUUGCAUAUGGUGCUGAAAGUGAUAGAACUCUUGGCAUUCCAGGAGAGGAGUUGGGUGGAAUACAUGCUGCCAGAGAAUUUGUUUGGUGGUAUAAUGGGCAUCCAGACUGUAGAAAUUUAGCUCCAGAUUUGACAAGCACUGAUACUGCUGUUAUUCUUGGUCAGGGUAAUGUGGCUCUUGAUGUGGCUCGAAUUCUUUUGCGGCCAACAAUGGAAUUGGCAAAAACUGAUAUUGCAAGCCACGCAUUGGCUGCUUUAGAAGAGAGCUCUAUAAGAAAAGUUUAUUUAAUUGGAAGACGUGGACCAGUACAAGCAGCCUGUACUGCAAAAGAAUUACGUGAAGUUCUUGGCAUUAAAGACAUCUCAAUUCAAGUUAAGCAAGCUGAUUUAGUUACAACCCCAGCAGAUGAGGUAGUAAUGAAGAACAACAGGAUCCGAAGGAGGGUUUAUGACUUGAUUUUGAAGGCAGCCUCAUCAGGACAUUCUCCUCCUCUUCCAGAUCAACGUGAACUACACCUUGUCUUCUUUCGUAAACCAGAUAGGUUUCUAGAGUCAAAAGAUAGAAGUGGUCAUGUUGCUGGUGUACUUCUCGAGGAGACAACUCUCCAAGGAGAUGAUCUGGGAAAACAAAUUGCAGUAGGUAAUGGAGUAUUUGAAGAAAUAUCGUGCGGGUUGGUGCUGAAGAGCAUUGGUUUUAAAUCAGUAGCUAUUGACGGUUUACCAUUUGAUCAUGACAAAGGAAUUGUUCCAAAUGUUGGGGGUCGUGUUUUGGCCGAUUCAUCCACUGAUUUUCCACAAUAUGAGACAGGAUUAUAUGUUUGCGGGUGGUUGAAGAGAGGACCGACUGGGAUCAUUGGCACCAACCUUUAUUGUGCUGAAGAAACUGUUGCGAGCCUUUCCGAGGACAUUGAGAGAGGAGUACUAACUUCUAACUCAGCAAAGCCCGGGAGAGGAGGACUACUUCAGUUGUUAGAUAGAAGGAAUAUCAGAGUUCUCCAAUUUCAUGACUGGGAAAGAAUUGAUACGGAAGAGAAAAGGGGUGGGAACUUGAAAAACAAACCCAGGGAAAAACUUGCGACAUGGGAGGAGUUGCUACAAGUUGCCAGCAAAUGAAAGCAUCUUUCUUUGUGGGUAGUGUAGAUGGUUAACGCUUCAAACAAACUAAUACUUCCAUUUCCAUCAGAGUAUGUUAUCUUUUCAUGAACUGACCCUGCUUUAGUUUGUUGGGCCAUCAACACGUGUGAAUAAUUUUAUACGAUAUCGUUUCCUAGAAAUAAAUACAAAGUGGCAGAGGAUUGUACUGAUGGUUUCAUCUGCAUUAUUACAGGUUUUUUUAGCCUGGCACGCAAUUCUGAAAAUUCGAGCAAAGAAAGGAAGAAACCAGAGACGUAGUUUUGCGGAAAAUACAAGCUUUUCUCAUGGGAACAUUUCAUAUUCGGUAUUUUCUUUAGAUCACGUGGUUGAUCAAUAUAAUUACCUGGAUUAUGUGCAUAUAGUUGCUAGGGAUUACCAUCUUAGACAACAUGAAUUUGUGUUAUUUAUUAAUUGCUAGUCCUUUGGAAA